CAGCCUCCGGGUCCAUCAGCCUCAGAGCCAACUGACUGUGCUGAGAUGGGGCCGCUCCGGGCAGGCCUAUGGCUGAAGAAGUUAUGGAUACUCUUGCAGGUGGCUGUGGAGGUGGCCAUGGGCAAAGUGCUAAUGACACUAUUUCCAGAAAGAGCCAAGCAGAAUAUCCUGGCCAUGGGCCAGAAGACUGGUAUGACCAGAAACCCUCAAUUCUCCCCCGACAACUGGGUCCCGACCUUCUUCAGCACCCAGUAUUUCUGGUUCGUCUUGAAGGUCCGUUGGCAGCGACUGGAGGACAAGGCUGAGCUGGGGGGUCUGGCCCCAAACUGCCCUGUGAUCCGACUCUCAGGACAGAAGUGCAGCAUUUGGGACUUCAUGCAAGGCAACAGGCCACUGGUGCUGAAUUUUGGAAGUUGCACCUGACCUUCAUUUCUUUUCAAAUUUGACCAAUUCAAGAGACUCAUUGAAGACUUCAGUCCCACUGCAGAUUUUCUUGUCAUUUACAUUGAAGAAGCACAUGCAUCAGAUGGCUGGGCUUUUAAAAAUAACGUGGACAUCAAGAGUCACCGGAACCUCCAGGACCGCUUGCAGGCAGCCCACAUGCUGCUGGCCAGGAGUCCUCAGUGCCCUGUGGUGGUGGACACCAUGCAAAACCAGAGCAGCCAGCUCUACGCAGCCCUGCCCGAGAGGCUCUACGUACUCCAGGAGGGCAGGAUCCUCUACAAGGGUAAACCUGGCCCUUGGAACUACCAUCCAGAGGAAGUUCGUGCUGUUCUGGAAAAGCUCCACAAUUAAUCUGGACAGAAUCCCCCAGUUCUAGGUGACCCACAGAAGGACUCCUUCAGGCUUGGCUCUCCCCUCAGCCCAGGUGACUUUCACCUUUGAUCUGUGUUACCAGCUCAACUACUAGCUCAAAUUUUUUUGGAUCUAAGCAAACAAAUGCUGUUAGAGAGGACAGGUCACAACACCCAAUCAGGACACAUUGUUUCCUUUUUUUU